GUGUGCGCACAUAUUUACUGCUCGGUGGUGCCAGGGUGCGGCAGCUUUAACCUCAUUGCGUGCAGGUAUUUUAAAGAUACAGCGACGGAUUUCAAACAUCAGAACUUAAAAAUCGACUCAUCCAUAUGUAAACGGUGCUGUACUACACUUUGCUACUCGUGGACGAUAAAAAAAAAAACAGCUACUAAACAGAUGCCCAUGUGAUGCCAUGGACAGUGUGGAGAUGGAAUCUGUCCCAAUUAAAGAGGAGUUCCCUGAACUUGUCCCCUUUAGUGUGGAGUUCUCUGGGCUGGCUUCCCUCCCAGUUAAACAGGAGCUCUAUGAGGUGCAAUGUGACAGAAGUCAGACAGAGGUCUCUGAGAUUAAAGCUGAGCACAAUGAAUUGGAGAUCCCCCAGACAGAAGAACUGCUUCCUGUGAAACAAGAGGUACUGGAAUUUAAACAGGAGUGUCUGACAGUAGAGUUUGACCAUAUGGAACCAGGGAAGGAAGAAUCCGAGGACUUCAAACCAAACAUCCCUGAGCUGAAGUCUGUACGCCUGCGGGAGUGUAGCGUGGUGGUGGAGAGGAUCUGCAUGAGAGAGCGAGGCACUGGAGAGGAAGGCUCUCCCAACAGCACGCAAGGAGGUGGAAAGGAAGGCGGGCGCUCCCAUUCCGAAUGCAGUCUAGCAGGUUCCAGUCCCACAGCUAAAGCAAGGAUGGGCAGUGGAGAAUAUCCUGACAGUAGGAAAGGUUUCACCCAGUUAGGGCAUUUUGAAAAACACCAACGAAUUCACACAGGAGAGAAACUGUAUCGCUGCUCUGACUGUGGGAAGAGUUUCAGGGAUUCGGGAAUUCUAAAAGCACACAAGCGAAUUCACACAGGAGAGAAACCGUACCUCUGCUCUGACUGUGGGAAGAGUUUCAGACAGUCAGCACACCUUGAAAAACACAAGCGAAUUCACACAGGAGAGAAACCGUAUCGCUGCUCUGAAUGUGGAAAGAGUUUCAGUCGUUCAGAACACUUGAAAAAGCACCAGUAUAUUCACACAGGCAAGAAACCGUAUCGCUGCUCUGAAUGUGGGCAGAGUUUCAGGGAAUCGGGAAAUUUGAAAGCACACCAGCGAAUUCACAAAGGAGAAAAACCAUAUUGCUGCUCUGACUGUGGGAACCAUUUCAGAAUGUCAGAAUACCUGAAAAGACACCAGCGUAUUCACACAGGAGAGAAACCGUAUUCCUGCUCUGACUGUGGGAAGAGUUUCAGGGAAUCGGGAACUCUGAAAAAACACCAGCGAAUUCACACAGGAGAAAAACCAUAUUGCUGCUCUGACUGUGGGAAGAGUUUCAGACAUUCAGAAAACCUGAAAUUACACCAGCGAAUUCACACAGGAGAGAAACCGUAUUUCUGCUCUGACUGUGAGAAGAAUUUCAGACAUUCAGGAGAUCUGAAAAAACACCAGAGAAUUCACAUAGAAGAGAAACUGUAUUGCUGCUCUGACUGUGGGAAGAGUUUCAAGCAUUCAAGACAGCUGAAAACACACCAGGGAAUUCACAGAGGAGAGAAACCAUAUUUCUGCUCUGACUGUGGGAAGAGCUUCAGACAGUCACAACACCUAAAAACACACCAGCGAAUUCACACAGGAGAGAAACCUUAUUGCUGCUCUGACUGUGGGAAGAGUUUUAGAGAUUCAGGCGACCGGAAAAAACACCAGCGAAUUCACAAAGGACAAAAACCUUAAAGCGCAUGUUCAAUUGGGACUUUUCACUCAUCCAGGGGGGAAAAACAUCUUGCAUUAUGAGUUCCUGUUUAAUAAUAAUUGUUCUAUAUCACUCUUAAGAGCAUGUAUUUUAAAUGGUAAAGAUGCACUUGGAGUAGUGGUUAGGGCUCUGGACUCUUGACCGGAGGGCCAUGGGUUCAAUCCCAGGUGGGGGGCACUGCUGCUGUACCCUUGAGCAAGGUACUUUACCCUGAUUGCUCCAGUAAAAACCCAACUGCAUAAAGGGUAAUUGUAUGUAAAAGUAAUGUGAUAUCUUGUAUCAAUUGUAAGUCGCCCUGGAUAAGGCCGUCUGCUAAGAAAUAAAUAAUAAUAAUAAUAAAGUGGGCGAUGACGCAAACAUGUCUAGUUUAACUCUGCCAAUGCAGACAGAGCCUGGGAGCAGGAAUAUGCAGAAAGGAAACUAUUCCGCAGCUUAUCUGAUAUACCAGUCAGGAGAAAUCGGUAACUCGUGUGGUAAAUGAGUUUCAGGGUUUAGCAUUUAAACUUGAUUAAUCUGAAAAUAAAUAAAUUGAUUGGAACGAGUAUCCUGACCCGGUAUAUAGCAUCCAGAGACGAGACGGCACCGUCCUUACUGGGCAAUCAGCUGGAUGAUUUGACUUGUAAAUUCAUCACGUUUCUAGAACUAAUGAAAAAAUGAUAAUGUCCUGUGGCUGAAUCACUGAAUAUUGUGCAACGUGUAGCUUUGCACUGUGCAUUGUCCAUGCUUUUAUUUGAGCUUGCUUUUAAACUGCCCUAACUAAUGCAAGUGUAGCAAGCAUGUGUACGGAUCUUGGGUACAGAGAGGCAUACAGGUUUUACACUCUUGUGACAAAUUACAGUUAAUUACUAUUAAUGGAUUAAGCUAUCAUUACAGAGCACAAAAAUAUAGGCUAAAAUGCAGUCUGGUAAUAGAAAUAAACAUGUGUGUGUGUUUUUUUUUGGGGGGGG